AUGAAAAAUACGUUUAAUUCCGUGAACCGAUCCUUACGCGUGAACCCGAAGGAGGGGAGUUCAAGCCACGUGUCGUGUUCUCAGUCGCCUGUUUCUUACCCGUCGGAGAAGCUUCUCGGUGAGGAACCUGUGGAGGAGACUGUUAACUCUGAGCGUGAUAGUAUCUCUGUCACCGGUUCGUUUGAGCUUCCACAGGGUCAAUCUUCUAGAGAAGGAGAUGUGGAACUUGGUGAACAAGGAGCAGAUCAAGGAUUAGAUGAUUUCUUCAAAAAGGUUCAAGAGAUUGAUAAACAAUAUGAAAAGCUUAAUAAGCUUCUAAAGAAACUUCAGAAGAAAAUGGAAAAGGACGUUGAUGAAGUCAGAAGUAUUGCUCGUUUCGUUAAGGGUAAACUCGAGGAGCUGGACAGAGAGAAGAACUCGAGAAAAUGGAUGUAUAUUGCAAUCAUCAUCUUUCUCAUUGUUGUUGCUGUGAUCGUUGUUGGUGUUCUCAAGCCUUGGAAAGACAAGAAGGCUUAG